CUGGCACCAUGCAGCUUUCUCUUGCCCUGUGUCUUGUCUGCCUGCUGGUGCAUGCAGCCUUCCGUGUGGGGGCCGGCCAGGGGUGGCAGGCCUUCAAGAACGAUGCCACAGAGAUCAUCCCCGAGCUGCGCGAGUACCCCGAGCCUCCGCCGGAGCUGGAGAACAACAAGACCAUGAACCGGGCGGAGAACGGAGGGAGGCCCCCUCACCAUCCCUUUGAGACCAAAGACGUGUCCGAGUUCAGCUGCCGCGAACUGCACUUCACCCGCUACGUGACGGACGGGCCCUGCCGCAGCGCCAAGCCGGUCACCGAGCUGGUGUGCUCGGGUCAGUGCGGCCCGGCGCGCCUGCUGCCCAACGCCAUCGGCCGCGGCAAGUGGUGGCGCCCGAGCGGGCCCGACUUCCGCUGCAUCCCCGACCGCUACCGCGCGCAGCGGGUGCAGCUGUUGUGCCCCGGGGGCGCGGCGCCGCGCGCGCGCAAAGUGCGCCUGGUGGCCUCCUGCAAGUGCAAGCGCCUCACCCGUUCCCACAACCAGUCCGAGCUCAAGGACUUCGGGCCCGAGGCCGCGCGGCCGCAGAAGGGCCGAAAGCCGCGGCCCCGCGCCCGGGGCGCCAAAACCAACCAGGCCGAGCUGGAGAACGCCUAUUAGAGGCCGCCCGCCGCGCCGCGCUCCCCGACCCGCGCCCCGGCCCAGGCGCCCGGGGUUCUGCCCUCGGCGCGCGGUCUGAUUGUUUGUAUCUCAUUGUAAAUGUCUGCAACCCCGGGCAGGGGGCUGAGACCUUCCGGGCUUCCGCAGGAGGCAGCCAGGCCCUGCGGAUCCCGGGGCGGGGAGGGCCAGAAGAGCCCCCGUCCCCACUCUCCCGCGUCCGAGGGGGUCCCGCAGGGCAGGGGAGGGCGCUGAGAGUCACACACACUGAGCCACGCAGCCCCGCCCACCGGGGCCGCCCACCUUUGCUGGUCCCACUUCAGAGGGAGGCAGGAAAGCAAGCCUUUCACCGCCCAGGGGUUCUAAGGGAGCGCUGGGGAAUGAGAAAAGUCCGGGGACUGGUUAAGAAAGUUCGAUAAGAUUCCUCCCCCACUCCUCUGCCCCUCAUAAAGCCUUUAGUGCCUUGUUGUGCCAAGAACACAGGACUGGGGUCCGCAGAUAGGGUUCCCAGUCCGGACUCUGCCACUAACUUGCUGGAUGACCUUGGACCACACUCUUCUCUUUCUGUCCCGAGUCUGUCCUCAAUUUCCUCUUUGGAAAAUGAAGGUGGGGCUGGGAUUUGUAUCUCGAGGAAUCUACUGUCACAUGAUUCCAAGGCCUUGGGUGCCUUUUGAAUGGGCAAAGGAGAGAGAGAGAGGUUGGAUUGGAUUACCGCCAUGGUCACCUCCAGAAUUCAGAGUUGUAAUCCUCUGAUCUGACAACCAAAGAUGAAAAACAAGUGUGGUGUUGGGGGAGGGGGGGAGUCUUUUUUAUGGCUGACAAAACCGUGGAAGAAGCUGUGUUCUUUCCAGUCUGGCCUCCCCAGAUGUUUCCCUACCUCGACCCCUCCACCUCAAAGGAUGCAGAAACAAAUCCACCAGUUGGGAUAGAGAAGGAGAAGGUCCCAAGGCUGGGGCGGGAGGGGAGGACGGGGGGAAGGGCAGGGAGUAGAGCUCGGACAGAAAUCACCGCCCCCCCAUUCCGAAAGAACAGCACCCCCCACCACGGCCAUAUUUUAAAGUCACCUUCUGCAGAGAAGCUCAAGGUCCCAGGACACCGGGCUUGCAGGCCCAAGGGAGAAGCCAGCACCCAUUCAAAGACCAGCAGAUCCCUUUGCAGGCACCUCCUCCUGCCUACCACUUACAGACACGAUUCUGUCUAGAAGCUAGCUUCUUACUGCUGUUACCUGUGACGGCGCACCUUACGUUAAAAUACUACUACUUGGGGAAAAAUUACAAGUGCUGUAUAUAUGCUGAGAAAACCGCAAGACCAGUUAGCUGUCAUCCAAAAAUCUUUCUGAAAGUCAUUUCCAGACAUCUCUUACUUUCUGUGUAGUUUUUAAUUGUUAAAAGCAAAAAAAGAAACUUUUUUUUUUUUUUAAACAGAAGCACAUACCACGUGAAAGCCUGCCGGGCUGGCCAUUUUUGCAAUCCUUUCAUGUGGGGUUUGUCCACAAGAAUGAGAGUCGUGGUUCUUAAAAAGAGUUAAGUUACCUAUUUAUUUUCUCACUUAAGUUAUUUAUGCAAAAGUUUUUUCUUGUAGAGAAAUGACAACGUUAAUAUUGCUUUAUGAAAUACCAGUCU